GGGUGCGGGCUGUCCGCGGCGCCAACGGCGAAGGUGACCGGAGCGCGCCACCAUGUCGGUGCGACAGGCGCUGGGCAGAGGCCUGCAGCUGGGCCGAGCGCUACUGCUGCGCUGGGCGGCCAGGCCAGGCCCGGCCUGGGGCUGGAGGCGGCCGGUCUCCGAGGGGCGCAGGUGCGGGCCCCGCAUUCCGGUGGCGGCGGGGCGGUGGCGGCCGCUCCUGGCGCGGGCCUGCGGAGUUGCGGGUCCUGGCGGCCGCGCCGUGACUUUGGCCUUCGGGCUGGGACUCGGCCUGGUCCAGGAGAAGCAGGCGGAGGGCCUGCGGGCGGCCACGGCCUGUCAGGAGAUCCAGGCAAUUUUCACCCAGAAAAGCAAGCGGUGGCCGGAGCCGCUGGACACUCGGCGCUGGCGGGGCUUCCGGCUGGAGGAGUACCUGAUCGGGCAGCCCGUCGGCAAGGGCUGCAGCGCCGCCGUGUAUGAAGCCGCCCUGCCUGCGCUGCCCCGGAAGCUGCAGGUGGCCGAGGGCCCCGGGCUUCCUCCAGAGAGGGUCCCCCCCGCCGCCCCUGCAGGGGGAGAGAGAGAGCCGGCCCCGGCAGCCGCCCCCUUCCCCUUGGCCAUCAAGAUGAUGUGGAACAUCUCGGCAGGCUCUUCCAGCGAGGCCAUCUUCCGCACGAUGGGCCGGGAGCUGGUCCCUGCUAGUCCGGUGGCUGUGGCCGGGGAGUACGGGGCGGCUGCUCACAGAUCAAGAGGAGGAGGCCCCAAGCGGCUGGCGCCCCACCCCAACAUCAUCCGCGUGCUGCGCGCGUUCACGUCGUCCGUGCCCCUGCUGCCGGGCGCCCUGGCCGACUACCCGGACGUGCUGCCCCCUCGCCUCCACCCAGAUGGCCUGGGCCACGGCCGGACGCUCUUCCUUGUGAUGAAGAACUACCCCUGCACCCUGCGCCAGUACCUGCACGAGAACACGCCCAGCCCCCGCCUGGCCACCGUGAUGACCUUGCAGCUCCUGGAAGGCGUGGACCACCUGGUGAGGCAGGGAGUGUCGCACAGAGACUUGAAGUCGGACAACGUCCUGGUGGAGUCAGACGCAGACGGCUGCCCCUGGCUGGUGAUCACAGACUUCGGCUGCUGCCUGGCAGAUGAGCGCGUCGGUCUGCAGUUGCCCUUCACCAGCUGGUACGUGGAUCGGGGCGGAAACGGCUGCCUGAUGGCUCCCGAGGUGUCCACGGCCCGCCCCGGCCCCAGGACGGUGAUCGACUACAGCAAGGCCGACGUGUGGGCAGUGGGCGCUCUGGCCUACGAGAUCUUUGGGCUCCCCAAUCCCUUCUACGGCCGAGGCGGGGCCCCCCUGGAGAGCCGCAGUUACCGCGAAGCUCAGCUGCCUACGCUGCCACGGUCAGUGCCGCUGGACGCGAGACGGCUGGUGAGGUCGCUGCUGCAGCGGGAGGCCAGCAAGGUUUAUUCUCAGCGCCAGAGACGUUAACUCAGGUGUGAUCUGACCAGAAGCCCCACCUGGAGCUGUGAUAGACCUGAGCAGUUAGUGGCUAAACUGGCGGAUUAGGUGACAACAAACUACACUGUCCCACCUUGGUGAGGCCCUGGGCCGAGGCAGUGCUGUCCGUGUGCCUGACAUCUUCCCCACGUGACCAACUACGGUGCCACCCCUGUGGCGUGAGCUAAAGCCUCAACUGGACAGUCAGAGCACUUGGGGAGCCUCCGGCUACUGAACUGGGCAGCAGAGCUGAGUGGCUGUGUGUGGCUUUAAGCAUGACUCCUCUUCUGACUAGCCUUUCCUGCAGGAAUUACCAAGAAUUAAAGACAGAUUUACAACUGCAGAA